AUGUUUAUGAGAUUUCAACACUCUCCGGUUAAUAUGUUCUCUAAUUCUGAUUUGUGGAUUAUCUCACUUCUCCUCAUUUGGCUUUUGCCGUUUGUUCAUGGCUUCAUCAUGUGUAAAUGCGACACCGCGGAGUGUCGAGCUGCUAACGUCACUGAAUGCAAAGCCGACUUCUACUGCUAUGUGUCAUUUCGACCCGCUAGACCAACUGAACAGAAACCUUUGAGUUCUAAGGCAAUGUACGGUGCAGGAAGUAAACUUUUCAUUGCCGAACAACGGGGUUGUGCUUCUCAUGAACAAAUGGAUCUCUGCAUGAAUCCCAGGAACAAUGUCUUUAAUGGUGAUGAGGGCUUUGGGGAUGUCAAUUCUGUUGGUGAUUCUCGUUCAACUAUUAUUCGUUGCUGUUCGGACAAUUAUUGUGAAAUAAGCCAGAAGCUUGAAUUCACUCCCGCUGAACUGGAAGGUCGACAAUUCUUUCUCAACGCGGAGAUUUCAGACCUGGAGCCAGGAUUAGAUUUCCCAAUGGUAGAAAAUGGUUUCACCUCAUUCAGAGAAUCUCCGAAAGCGUCUUCAUCGAACUCUGUUUUGAAUCCACCGCACAGGAAGCGAGAGAAUACUGAGCAUUCACAACAGAAACAGUGGAAACGACCGCAAUAUCUCAAUGAUGUUCCCUUUGCCCAUCAGUGGUUUCCUACUGUGUCUAAUCCUCUCCCUCCACCCUCCUCUCAUGACCAACUGCCGUCCACAAGUUUUGGAACACAUGUUAAAACUACAAAUCGAGAUGCUCAUGUGAAACUAGAGGAAGCCUACAGAAAACCAAUUCAAUUAAAGCAAAUAGACAAGGGGAGCGAGAAUAAAGAUGAGGAACAAAAGGAAGGGAAACAGCCAAUUAUCGUUUUUCAGCCACUUCACAUUGCCAUCGCAGUCUGUCUGAUAAUUCUCAUGUUAGUUGCUGUGUUGCUUCACGUUGUGGUUAUCCUACACAAACGCCACCGUCGUCUAAAGCUGGAACUAAUGAAACAAACCCAAAAGCCUACCUCGAAUGAUUUUCAACAUGGUUGGAUGAUCAACUCCCCCUCUCAAAGUAACGGACAGCAAAUCCAUCUUCAACAAUUGAAAUAUCUGCCGACCACAACUGGACCGAACCUACAAACCGUCGGCUCCAAGACAUCCGACAGAUCAUGUUGUAUUUCGUGCGUCUGGAGGCGACCUCAAAAUAAGAUAACGGCCCCAACCACAAAUGUCUAUGACGAGGUACUAUCCCACCAAACUCCGACUACAACGCCAGCAAUGGCCACCGAAGCCAGUCCUGAAGCGCAUUUCCGACAGUACCUGUCUCACGAUCAACUCGCCACAUCUUCCCAAACACCAGUUACUUAUCAUAGCUCUAUGCAAGGUUCUGUGGCAACUCCACCAACUCUUCCUUCUACUCAAGCGACGAGUCUCCAACAAAAUCGAAUGAUGCCGGUUCUUCAGCCAACCACGUACUCUUCCCAUUCACCUGAACAUGGCUUUCCGCUGCAUCAAGUGAAAAAUGCCUAUGGAACAGGAUCAAGUGUAAGUGGCAGUAGCGGAAAUAAUCCAUCUACCGCCGAAAGUUCUCUUCCAACACAUUCCUCUGUGGUUAAUGGAUGGAGCAACAUUAAUUCUACACCAGCUUUCUUCCUUCAUAAUGGUCUCACCCCUUCCAUGCAACACACUUCGCAUCUUGAACGUCCGAGCCUUUCAGGAAGUAGCGAAGCUGGGGGACUGAUAACUCCGGACUUUGAAGCUCGUCGGGCGAAUGUUGCAUUGCCUCCAGCAUUGCAAGGUGGAGAUCACACUUGCCCAAGUAUACCAUCUCCACAACCAAAUACAACGAGUCUUGCCCUUUUCCGGUCUGCUGCUCCACAACACGAUAGUUGUUCUUUAGUGACUCCCUAUGCUCAACUACAACUCUCGCUAUCCUUAGACCAGUACGACACUCCAGAACAGAUAUUUGGAGAUGGGACUGUAUCGUCAGGAGAUUCUGCUAGUCUGGAUAGAAUUGUGAAUCCAAGAAACAAUAAUCAGGCCAGUUCAAAUCCCACAACAAACUCUUCCCUUCUACAUUCCUCUUGCGAACAUACGGGGACGAGUGACUUUCGAGUCUGA